AUGUCAACAACCCCGCCCCACCACUCCCCAGUCUCGGGCCCGGGCCUCCUAACCCCGCUGGAACAGGAAAUCCUGGAUGAAUAUACCCGUCUACUGCAUAACAUGAAUAAUCUGUCAACGUCCAUCGCCGCAAUCUCCGGAACGCCAACUGCAAAGAUACUGGACUCGCUUAGGGGACUGGAGCGCAAGACGGGGUUGGUGUUCACGUUGUUGAAGGCGUCGGUUUAUUCUAUGGUCUUGCAGCAGCAGUUGGAUGUUGAGGGAAGGGAGGGGGAAGGUGGUGGUGGAGACGGUGGGGAGGGAUAUGGGAAGGAGAAGGGGGAGGGGGAGGAUGAGAGUCGGCUUGGUUGA